UGGAGAUGCCUGCAGGGAGGCCAUUUCAUUUCUUGUUCACUCUCCUGAUGAAGCAAGUGUAUUUCAGAAGAUGAAGAUGAUGUUUCAACACCGUCAGGACCUAGUGCAUGACCCACAAAGAAGCACAGAUGUCUUCAAAACAUUUCCACGCUUUUUAGAUGUCAAAGGGCUGGUGAAUCAAGACUUCCUGCUGCUGUUUGGUGCUGAAGCCUCCAAGAUGCUUGAGAAGUGGGACACCUCAUUUAAGCCCAAUGUCAUCAAAGAGGCCAAAAAACUAACUCAGACAACUGAGCUGUGCCGACUUUUAAAAUCUGCUGAGAAACUCGCAGAGAACUAUGAAACGGACUGGGACAGUGACAUCGCUUCUUUGCUGCUUCUUCUCUAUCUCUUGCCACCCACAGCUGGACGGAAGAGGACCAAAAUAAGUCCAAGUGAUGCAGUGGACAAAAUGGUGCACUUUCAUAAGUCAUGCUGCAGCAUCACUGAAUAUGUGCAGGAAAGAGAGGGUAAACAACCAUACAUCCUUGCAGUUGGCCGAACCCAGAAGACAAUUGACGCCUUCACAUCGCCGUUAACAAAGAGCUCAUCCUCUGACAAGCCACCAGCUCAUUGGGUGCUUUUGAUGAACUGUUUAAAUCCCACUACAUGUUCAACUUGUCUUAUGAUGAGUCCCUGGUCCAUUUCUACACUUUUCUGCCAACUGUCUACAACUGUCUACAACAUUGAUGUUACCACAACAGAUGAGUCUCCAAGAGUUCGUGAGUUGCGGGCAAAACUUUUGAAUGACAUAUGAAUAUGUUCAAAUGUUUCAUUUGUUUCAUUUGACAACAAUGGAUCUGGUCAAAGUAUCGCAGAAAACACAAAAGAUAUCUGUGCUACAAUUAUUGCCAAACUCCAUGGUAGUGGUAUGGCAAAUAGUGUAGUUUCAUCAAUUGUUAGUGAUUUGGAAGAACUUGCUGAUGGACUGCACUCCCAAGUAAAGCAAGAAAUACUGUCCGCUGUGCCAAAAGAUAACCCUGUAAGAUCUACAUUGGAAAAGGGUUUUGAGAAUUUUGAAAACCCAUUUGUGAGUUUUAAUACUAAAACUAAAAGAAUGAAGUAUUUCAACAAGAAAUGGGGGAUUGUGGAGCCAGUGGAAAAAAAUUUAGGAGUUUGAUUUGAUACAAGGCGUAAUAAAAAUAUAGGUACUUAUGAUCAGGUCCCAGUGAAAGACACUUUUGUUUACAUUCCAAUUUUGGAAACCGUUGAAUUUAUCUGCCGCAAUUCUUAUAUUUGUGAAUUACUUGCAAAACCAUGUGUAUCAAAAGACAGAUAUGAAGACAUUUGUGAUGGAAGUUAUUUUAAGUCACAUCCAUUGUUCUCAAAAACACAGACUUCUUUACAAAUUCAGCUUUACUCUGAUGACUUUGAGACUGCUAACCCACUGGAUUCAAAACGUGGUGUUCACAAAGUUGGUGCGCUCUAUUUUGUCCUCCGAAAUCUGCCUCCAAAGUUAAACUCUGUAUUGAUGAAUAUUCAUUUGGUUGCAUUGUUUCACACAGAAGAUGUGAAAAACUAUGGCUUUGAUCCUAUUUUACAGCCUCUGAUUGAUGACAUCAAAAUAUUGGAGAGUCAUGGCAUUGAUUUGCCUUUCUCAUCUGAAAAGGUCUAUGGCACUAUAUGUCAGAAAACUGGGGACAACUUGGGGAUGCAUGGAAUAAUGGGUUUUGCAGAGUCUUUCAGUGGACGUCACUUAUGUCGUUUGUGUUUGAUUGAAAAAGAUGAUUCUCAGAAUGUUUACAAAGAGGAUGACCCAAAGAUAAUUUUGCGUGGAAAAGAGCUUUUUGAAAUGCACUGCAGUGAGUUGCAAUUAAAUCCACAAAAGCUAUGUGUGUUUGGUCUAAUUCAACUCUUAACAGCCUACAGUACUUUCAUGUUUGCUACAACUUUUCUUUGGACAUAAUGCAUGACAUACCUGAAGGGGUGGCUCAGUAUGAGAUAAAGUUACUGUUUGAAUAUCUCUCUGAAAAUGUUUUGUCAAAACCUGGUCUUUUGUCACGAAUCUAUGCUUUUGACUAUGGCUACUUGGAGCGCAAAAAACGUCCGACAAGGGUCAACUUGGACAGUAUAAGCAAUAAUAGAGGACUCAACUCUAUUCAGACUCUUUGUCUGGUAAAAAACAUUCCUAUGAUUUUUGGUGACAUUGUGCCAGAAGGAAACCAGAACUGGACUUUGCUGUUGCUCUUACUGCAGAUAAUUAACAUCAUAUUCUCUCCAUCUGUUACACUAGGCAUGACUGUGCAUUUUAAGCAUUUAAUAAUGGAACAUCAUGACUUGUUCAAACACUUGUAUCCAGGUAGAAACCUGAUUCCUAAACAUCAUUUUAUGUUACAUUACCCGUCUUGUAUUCGAAAAAUUGGACCGUUAAUACAUAUGUGGAGUAUGAGAUUUGAGGCAAAACACAGGGUUUUCAAAAGCACCCUUAAAAACUUCAAGAACAUCACAGUAUCACUUGCCAAAAAACAUCAAAUGUCCAUUAGCAUCCAAUUGGGAAACAUCUCCUUUGAACCAUGUUGAGUAUGGACCUUUUAAAACAUUUAAUGUGGAAAAUGAGGAAAAUGGUGAAAUGUUUGCCCAAGCCCUGCCCAAUGUAGCAAAAGACAUCUUCUCUACUAACUGGGUAAAGAUCAGUGGGGUAGAGUACAGAGCUGGGUUAGUGAUUUGCAGUGGCACAGAACAGGAAAUGCCUUUGUUUUGCAGAAUAAAAAAAUGCUUUUAGUCAACAGUGUGAUCUACUUCAUAGUGAACAAGCUUAUGGUUGACCAUUUUAGUGAGCACUUUCAUGCCUACAACAUGUUUGAAAAAGAUGUGAUAAAAGCAGACUGUCUUUAAAUUUACAAGCCUUUUGACUUAAAGUGCUUAUGGUGGAGAUGACAGCCUUUAUAUUGUACCAUUAUUUUCUCUGUAAAUGUGCAAGUUGUAUGGUGCUUGGAUAUUUUUGUCUUUAUUAAAAAAGUUGA